ACUUAUUGUUAAAAGCCCUGGGCACCAUAAAUAGAGCGAAACGUACAACACAGUAAUGCGAUGGUUAGUUAUUACAAGGCAGUGAGUCCAAGAGACGACCGACCACCGAUUCAGUAUCAGUCCCGCCCACUCCGCCUCGAUUUCCACAUCCACAUCCAUCCACAGGCCACAUAUCCCUACUCAUGGCAGUCAACGCUCGAGAGACGUGAUGCAAAAGAUGGAUUCCCCACAAGAAGAAACUGUGCGAAUAUAAAAAUAUCGGGGAAAAAGAUAAAUUAAGGAGAUUUCUGAAAAUCAUCGCCAAUAAUUUGGAGCAUUGUGAUAGAUAGAGGGCAAGAGCAAGAGCAAGAGCAAGAAGAACAGUUCGACAGACUUUCAUAUCGGUAGGCUCUCAUUGUCUGCCAAUUUCAAUCAUUGAUUUGGGGGAGAAAGUGAAGGGCAGUAGGUAGGUGCCAGAGGAGAGUUGGUGCGAGUUGGUCUGUUGAGCAGGGGGGGUUCUUGAAGUUGAUGGUUUUGUGAGAGGAAAUUAAAUGGGGAGGAAUUACUCGGUGAACCCGAAGGAUUACGAGCUUCACGAAGAGGUGGGCCAUGGUGCGAGCGCGACUGUUUACAGGGCGAUCCAUUUGCCGUCUAAGGAAGAGGUGGCGGUCAAGUGCCUGGAUCUCGAUCGAUGCAAUAGCAAUCUGGAUGAUAUACGCAGGGAGGCUCAAACAAUGAACUUAAUCGAUCAUCCUAAUGUGAUAAAAGCGUUUUGUUCAUUUGUUGUUGAUAGAGAUCUUUGGGUGGUCAUGCCUUACAUGGAUGAGGGUUCGUGUCUGCAUCUCAUGAAGGCAGCAUAUCCCGAUGGACUUGAAGAGCCUGCCAUCGGGUCUAUCUUGAAAGAAACUCUGAAGGCUUUGGAGUAUCUCCAUCAACAGGGCCAUAUCCACCGUGAUGUGAAGGCUGGAAAUAUAUUAAUGGAUAGUAGUGGUGAGGUGAAGCUUGCUGAUUUUGGUGUUUCAACUUGUAUGUUUGACAGAGGUGAUAGACGGCGCUCAAGGAAUACCUUUGUAGGAACUCCAUGCUGGAUGGCACCAGAAGUAUUGCAGCCAGGAACUGGAUAUGAUUUCAAGGCUGACAUUUGGUCUUUUGGAAUAACUGCGCUUGAAUUGGCUCAUGGACAUGCACCAUUCUCAAAGUAUCCUCCAAUGAAGGUUCUAUUAAUGACAUUACAAAGUGCUCCUCCAGGGCUUGAUUAUGAGCGUGAUAAAAAGUUCUCCAAGUCUUUUAAGGAAGUGGUUGCAAUGUGCUUGGUGAAAGAUCAAACAAAGAGACCAACUGCUGAGAAGUUGUUGAAACAUUCCUUUUUUAGGAAUGCCAAGCUGCCUCAGCUUUGUGUGAAGAAACUGUUUACUAACUUGCCACCACUGUGGAAGCGUGUGAAGGAUCUUCAGCUCAAAGAUGCUGAACAACUCGCUUUAAAGAAAAUGCCUUCAGCUGAACAAGAAGCUUUAUCUCAAAGUGAAUACCAGCGAGGAGUAAGUGCUUGGAACUUUGAUGUUGAAGAUUUGAAGUUCCAGGCAUCUUUGCUACAAGAGGAGGAUGAAAUACAAGAAGUGAAGGAUGAUGACAGUGAUAAAAGUUUCAAGAGCAAUAAGGUUGCAUCAAGUUUUGGGGUGAAACCAGGAGCUCCAAUCAAUAAUCCCAUCAGCCCUGCCCAGAAGGAAAAGAUAUCUGAGAGUGAUUUAAUUGAACCUGACAAUCAGGGAAAUACUGGAAUCAGCAGGAACACAUCAAAGGCUCAGCUCUCACCGCCAGUAGCAGAGAAGGAUGGAGCACAAACCAAGGGAAGGGUUCUGACUGGGAAACCUAGUCGAACUCAAAGCGGACCACUUACGCCCGGUACUGUGCUAAGUCAUUCACAGUCAGAAAGAGCACGCAACUUCGAAAGGUAUGAGAUUGAAAAUCAGCAACUGGCAGAAAGGCCUCUGGGAGUACGAAGAGUGCCCAGUUUUAGUGGUCCUUUAAACCUUCCAACUCGGGCUUCAGCUAAUAGUUUGUCUGCUCCAAUAAAAUCUUCUGGAGGGUUUAAAGAUUCUUUGGAGGACAAAUCUAAACCCAAUUUAGUACAAAUUAAAGGGAGGUUCUCGGUAACAUCAGAAAAUGUGGACCUUGUAAAGGACUUCCCAGUAUCCACAUCUUCUCGAAGAAUUUCUUCGGGGUUUCCACUGAUGAAGUCUGCCAGCACUGGCAACUGGCUUCUUGAUUCUAAACAAAUGCCUAAUGGCCAGCCACCCAAAGAAAAUAUGCCUACCUCAGUUCUUAUGCCACAGCUUCAGAAUCUUUUCCAUCAAACAUCAAUCCAACAAGAUAUUAUCAUGAAUAUAUUGAAUAGCUUGCAAGUGGGAGAUGCUGAAAAUGCUUCGCAGAAUGGGAAAUUACCACCUCUUCCGCUUGGUUCAGAAAACAAUGGCAGUGCCGAGUUGAUCUUUUCCGAAAGAGAACGUAUGCUGCUCAUGAAAAUUUCUGAACUUCAAGAAAGGACAGUUGCCUUACAGGAUGAAAUAACAUUAGAAAAAGUAAAAUACAUGGAAUUGCAACAGCAACUGAAUACAGCAUCUGGUGGCCGAUUUGAUGGAGAGACGGGAGAUUCAUGAUUUUCAACAUCUUCUUCUUAUGUGUAAAAUGACAGUACCUGUUUGUAGGUUCAGAAAUGCAGGGAGAAUCAAAUUGCCUUGUUCACAUUUGUUCAUCCGAAUCAUACCUAUCCAUCCACUAUUUCAUAAAACUUGCAACGACAGAAUUUGGAUCUACCUUACUUUAAGAAGAUCAUCCGUUGGCUAGCUGACUCGGCGGAGCCGAUCCCAAUCAGCUCCUUGUACAGAUGAUGGUGGUCCUCUGUAAACUCUUUGAUGAAAUUGAAAGCCAUAAAGCCAAACCACUGGGCUGGCUUCGUUUUGUUUGUACACUAGAGAUCACAUAUAUAUAUAUACAUACACAUACACACACAAUAUGGUUGUGUUGAUCUUAGUAACUUUGAAACUGUCACAAUGUGAAUAGAGAUAUUUAGUGACAAGCCUCAGAAUGAUAAUCAUUAUCUAGUGGGGUUCUGUGGAUUAUAUCUGUGUUUGUUUCUGUAAUGUGGCUUUGGGAUGUUCAAAACUUCGAAUGGCAAGGAAUGAUUUUCGUAUAGUA